AUGCACACGCCAGCGACUGUUGACAGUAUGGCUUGCGCAGCAUCCACUAUUGUGGACCCUCCCACUGCAGAUGAGGAGCGUGAUCGAAUGAUUGCGUCUUCCGGCGCCCGGGUUUGCCGUCAAAGGGACAAUGUCACGGCUAACACGAACAUGACUGUUGCGGAGACGGGCGUGGUGGUCAAAGCGAUGACUGACGAAAAAGCGGGCGUAGUCCACUCUGCCACGAUGGACGAUGAAGACAUGGAGGCCGCGAGUGUUGCCGGCUCGUUCAGUCUCCAGGACGAUUACAUUCCUUUGUAG